AUGGCCCAGGCCCUGGGGGAGGACUUGGUGCAGCCUUCUGAGUUGCAGGAUGACUCCAGUUCUUUGGGGUCCGACUCGGAACUGUGUGGGCCCAGCCCAUAUCGCCAGGCAGACCGGUAUGGCUUCAUAGGGAGCAGCUCGGCAGAGCCGGGCCCAGGUCACCCCUCUGCUGACCUGAUCCGCCAGCGGGAGAUGAAGUGGGUGGAGAUGACCCUGCACUGGGAGAAGACCAUGGCUCGGCGCUACAAGAAGGUGAAGAUACAGUGCAGGAAAGGUAUCCCCUCGGCCUUGCGGGCCCGCUGCUGGCCCCUGCUGUGCGGGGCCCACGUGUGUCAGGAGAACCACCCCCGGACCUAUCAGGAGCUGGCCUCAGCCCCCGGAGACCCUCAGUGGAUGGAGACCAUCGGGAGGGACCUGCACCGUCAGUUUCCCCUGCACGAGAUGUUUGUGUCACCCCAGGGUCACGGGCAGCAGGGGCUCCUGCAGGUUCUCAAGGCAUACACGCUGUACCGGCCGGAGCAGGGCUACUGCCAGGCCCAGGGCCCCGUGGCCUCUGUGCUGCUUAUGCAUCUGCCCCCUGAGUUGCAGCCCAAGCCCGUUCUCUCUCCUGACCUGAGUGGGGCCCUCACUGCAGGUGUGAAGGUGUUGUUCCGCGUGGGGCUGACCCUGGUGCGCCUGGCGCUGGGCACUGCUGAGCAGCGCCAGGCCUGCCCGGGGCUCCUGGAGACACUGGGCACCCUCCGGACCAUUCCCCAGGCCCAACUGCAGGAGGAAGCCUUCAUGGUCCAGGUACACAGCGUGGCCCUGACUGAGCGCGACCUGCAGCGUGAGAUCCGGACCCAGCUGAGCCAGCUGCCCACCGCAGCUCCGGGACCCCCACCCCAGCCGAAGGCCCGCCUCGCAGGGGCCCCCGCCAUCUUCGAGGUCCAGCAGCUGGCCAGGGUCCAGGGGGGCACCAGCCCCAGCCCCGAGGUGCCCCGUAUCGUGGUACAGCCCCCGGAAGAGGCCAGGACACCUCGACGCAAGCCCCAGACCCGAGGCAAGACCUUCCAUGGGCUCCUGACUCGGGUCCGGGGACCCCCUCUGGAGGGCCCCUCCAGGGCCCAUCGGGGCUCCUCUUCUUUCCUGGACACCCGAUUCUGAGGGCCCCGUGGACUCUGAGUCCGGUGCGUGGGACUGAGCAGCCGGCCCCAGAGUGCCCACUGCAUUCUACAGGAGCCAGCGUUGCUCCCCAACUCCCUUCCCAGCCAGGCGGGGCCCCCAUGUCAGACAGAGUCAUUCCGGAGCCUGUGCCAGGCACAAGGGUGAAGAAGGGGACAGGGCGGGGCUUGCUGGGACCAGAGCCAUCUGCCCAUGGAGUGGCCCUGGUGCCCCUACGUAAGUGGACAGUAGCAGGAGGGGAGCUGAUCGG